CCUGAGGAGAUGUGAGACGGCAUGUCACUGUACAGUUCACCGUGUCACAUCCAAUGACUAUUAAAUUAUACACGUUUUUAACUUCGCUGUAACGUUAAGCCCCUUAGUUUCGCAGCGUCUCUGUGGGACUCUUACUGUGACACACGAGGGCCACCUCAAUUCACCCGGAAGCGAAUAGCAGGCUGUUAACUUUCCAGUGGCUCCCUUGAAACUGAGAAUCUGACAAGUGUUUUGUUAAAUCAGCCAAACUGGAUUUCAGCGAUCCUGAACAUCUACACACACACCCCCGGCUGCAAUGUCAGACAGAAAGCGGCGCAGAGAGCAUCACGAGGAAACGCGCGAGAAAAAGAAGCACAAAGACUCCAAACAGGAGGAGGAGAAAUACAACAAACAAGCCGCGAAGCUCAGCCAGGAGGUGCAGAAGAUAAAGCACGUGGAGACUUUCUAUGAAAAUCCUCCCCCUGGACUUAUAAAGGAAGAAGAAUACAGACCUGAGGACUGUAUUCCUGAUGCUCCUGGUAAUGAGGAUGCCAGGAAUUUCUUGGCUCAUGCGCCCACCAAAGGGCUAUGGAUGCCUCUGGGGAAGGAAGUGAAAGUCAUGCAGUGCUGGAGAUGCAAGCGUUAUGGCCACAGGACUGGUGACCGAGAAUGCCCUUUCUUCAUCAAAGGAAACCAGAAACUGGAGCAGUUCAGGGUGGCACAUGAAGACCCAAUGUAUGACAUCAUUAGGGAAAACAAGCGCAAUGAAAAAGAGACGAGGAUCCAGCAGCUGAGGCAACUCCUGCAGGACACCACGUCUGACUCGGACUCUGUGUCCAGCUCCUCCUCCUCUGACCACACCCACAAGAAAAAGAAGAAAAAGGAGAAGAAGAAAAAGGAAAAGAAGAAGAAGAAGCACAAGAAGAAGAAGAAGCACAAGUCGAAGAGUCAUGACGAUGGCUCAGACUGAGAGGAGAAUGCUGGUGUCAAUGUCUUUGUUGGGAGAUGAGAAGAGGUGUUUCUAGAAGCAGCUAUAGAAUCUAUAGAGACCUCUGCUAGACCUCUACCCUUCCCCCCCUUAGCCUGCUGGGUGCUCCCUAAAGCUAAUUAAUAAUGCAUACAGGCAUUUUAUUCCUUCUGUCAACAGGGAUGGUCUGCUUAUUUGACGUCUCCAUCGCCCCAUAGCUGGAUCAUAUUAGCAUGUAUGUGCCUCAGGCUUAAGACUGUGCUUGCCUGAUGAUGAAGUAAAAUCUGUAUUGAAUGGGUACGUUUUGAAUGUUGCUCUAUCUUGUAAGUGUUGCAUUGAUUUGUUUUUGAAUGUUUUGUACACUUGCCCGAUUACCAGAACAGGAUUGAGAUGAAACCCAGGCUAAAAAAAUGUAGGUGAUUUACCAUUGGCACUGCCAUGUAGCCCAAGACUAGGCUUAAUCCACAGGCGACAGGCAUGCCAAACUAGGGAGCUUCCGAGCCAGAGUGCUGCAGAGAUUAGUAUUUACCCUCAUCUGACGUUCUGAAUUCAGUAAAUAAAGGCCUUAACAAUUAGCUGAUGAACUGAAUCAGGUGUUUUUAAUGAGGCGAUGUGCUGAAGUCUGCAGUGUUUUGGCCUACGAGGACUGAAGCUUGACGUGUGUUUCAUGGGAAACCAGCCCUGUGUGUUUUGGAAAGUGGUUAGUGAAGUGAUUGUGGAACUCUUUGUAAUAAUAUGGUUCCAUGGGUUGUGAGACAGCAGCAUGCACAUGUCCUGAAAGUGUAUUAAUGCUGUACUGCUGUAAAGUCAUUCAUUCAUUUGAAGUGACAUUAUUAAACACAUUUUCAGUGUUUCAUUCA